UGUUGGGAGUAGCAGAGGACCUGGCCUGUUCAUGGCUUGGUUCCAAAGGGCCAAAGUUCAAGAAAUCAGGGGAGAGCAGAAGAGGAAUCGCAACAGCUGGCUAGACAUAUUUAAACAUCGGCUGGGAACACUGCCUCAGUGGGAGUCAUCGUUUGGAGUAGCUUGAGCCGUUUGCCAGAGGAUUGUGAAGAUCGAUCUUUGCUGUCGGCCCUAAUAUUGUCUUCAUUAUGACCUCUGCUGAGCCCCCUAACGGAAUGUGGCAUCGGAAAACCAACACUCAGCGGCAAGGUGCCAAAUCCAAUCAAGCUGAGAGUCAUGAAAAUGUGAAGGACGACCUUAUCGAGUGGGAAAAAUACACAAAGAAACUAAAGAUGAAAGUUUUAGAGCAGGUCCAGGAUCAGCUCAGAGACAUUCUUGACAAAGCUCUGACUGAGUCCAUCGAGCCUCCCGCCCACAUUCAAGCUGCACUGACUGGGAAAACAACAAAGAAAGAUUCGCACAGAUCUCAAAGGAUGGAUGAUGGCAAAGUGUUCAUGGAGAGAGCGUCACUGUUGGAUGAACUGUUUGAAAUCAGCCACAUUAGGACCAUCUACCACAUGUUUAUUGCUGUGCUCCUCAUCUUCUGUAUGAGCACCUUGGCUGUUGACUACAUUGACCAGGGCAGGUUGGUUCUGGAGUUUGACAUGUUGUUCUACGCCUUUGGGAAACUGGGGACGGUCACCUGGGCCUGGCUCGCUAUGUUUGUUUACACCCUCUUUGUCCCGUACUACAUCCUGGAGUUUUGGGGUUCUCUGUACCACAAAUUCCCCUCCAAGUUGGGGCUCACUCUUGGUGCAGGGCUGAUUCUUACUGCCAUACAGACCUGUGUUCUUGGACUAUUCCCAAUCUACACGGUUGUGCAUCACCAGCUGCCUCCAGCAUCUCGCUUCAUCGUGAUACUAGAGCAGAUUCGAUUCCUGAUGAAAGCCUAUUCGUUCAUUAGAGAAACGGCCCCCGUUAUCCUGAAGAACACACCAAAGGAAGGAGAAAAACCCAGGUUUCCAACAUUUUCCAGCUACCUGUAUUUUCUUUUCUGCCCAACACUGAUCUAUAGGGAAUUCUACCCUCGAAAUAAACGAAUACGUUGGGAAUAUGUUGCUGUCACUAUUGGCAAGAUUUUUGCAUGCCUGUUUUAUGGAUACUUCGUUCUGGUCCGUCUUUGUAUACCCGUCUUCAGACCAGAGACCAACCAACCUUUUAGCAAAAGAACAAUGGUUCUGGCUGUAUUUCACUCCAUAUUACCAGGAAUAAUGCUUCUCCUGCUGUGUUUCUUUGCCUUCUUGCACUGCUGGCUCAACCUCUUUGGGGAGCUGUUGCGUUUUGCUGACAGGAUGUUCUACAAGGACUGGUGGAACUCGACAUCCUUUGCAAACUAUUAUCGCACCUGGAAUGUUGUGGUUCAUGACUGGUUGUACUACUACGGGUACAGAGACUUCCUCUGGCUCUCCAACAGAAGAUUCAGAGCAGCAGCCAUGCUGUCCGUGUUCAUCGUUUCUGCAGUUGUCCAUGAAUAUGCUUUGGCCCUUUGCUUCGGUUUCUUCUAUCCUGUCAUGUUCUGCCUCUUUGCAGUUUUUGGAGUGGCUUUCAACUUUACGAUGACUGAUAAGAGACAGAGCCCGGUGUUCAACAUCAUCAUGUGGGCGUGUCUUUUCCUCGGUCAGGGGGUUCAGGUGUGUCUGUACUGCCAGGAGUGGUACGCCCAGAUCCACUGCCCACCCAGAGGGGAUAGUUUCUGGGAACUGGCGAUGCCUCGAUCAUGGUCCUGUAGCUAUCAGACAUGAAGCCAUUUUUCGCUGUCAUCCGGAGCAACUGAAGAACGGACCCGGAAACAUUAGCAAUACACUGAAAAGAAGAGAGAGCAAGAAAGAAGACAACUUAAACGACAUUGAAAUAGACAUCAGCAGACACAUUAAGAGCAUCACCAUAUACUUUCUUUUUGCACUGAUAGCUUGAAAAUAUUUUGUUACUUGUGAAUUUCUGUUGUGAGAAGUUUUCUCUGACCACAGAGAGACAGAACACAACACUAUUUCAGAGAGUUAGUGACUACUGAUAAUUAAAAUUAGAUGUUUCUGUUUUGGACCAGACUAUAUAAUUAUAUUACUUCAUCUAAUGCUAGACUG